GCUUGACCGCAGACAGGACCUGACAGAACACCAGUCUGCUCUCCAGGUCCGACAGGCGUCCUUUAGUGCUGACGCGGGUGAACAGCUCCCCCCCGCUGGCGUACUCCAUCACCAGUGAUGCUUCUCUCCGGCCAUGGAGUGGUCUUCAAACGAGCCCCUGAAAGCAGAAAGUGACAGAUUAAAACUCUCGCCGAUGGGAGCAGAGGCCUGCAGGGAUGCAUCUCCACUCACAGGUUUUCCCGGUGAUGUUCCUCUUGCUCUUCUCUGUGUUGAUGUUUCUGUUGGUGCAGUACAUCCUUCCUGUCGCCAGCCGUCAGUCUUCUCACAAGUUUGACAAAAUCAGGGAAAAAAAGAACUUGAACCAAAAGAAAUCUGAGUGAAAGUGGAUCCUUCAGAACAUUUGGACAUUUCAGCUCAAAGUCAUGUGUGAGCAUCAGGAAACUAUGCUCAGGUUUGAGUGGAGAAGCGUCCAGUCGGUGUGCAGCUGCUCCCUCUCUGCUCCGUCUCUGCUUCUCCUGGAAUAUAAUCCACAGCCUCUGCACAUGUAAUCCUGCCGGGUGGACUCCUCCCAUGCAGACAGAACAUCUCUGGAUGUGACUUUAGUCCCCAGACACAAAUGCACCACUUAAUGCAGCUCCUCCAGCAGAGCGCUGAUGGGAUUACCUUUGCAGACAGCUGCAUGGGGCAGAAUCACCUGUAGAGGUCAAGAAGGUCACGAGGAAAAACCUGCAUCUGCAGCCAGAAAUGCAAACUCCUCUUGAGGAACAUGAAAGUUCUGACCAACAAUUUCAGCUUUCAGGAACACACGUGAAGAAUUUGAUCAGAGCUGUUCACUGUGUAGCUGUGUUGGCGUGUUGGCGCCUGGUGUGCCGGGGCGCUGCCCGUCCCAUCAGGACUGGCUGACCCAGACGGCGAGCGUGACCCCAGACGGCCCACGGUAACACCAGCACGUGCUCAACAACCACCUCCAGACUGGAUAUGAGGCCGUCUCACCGCCAUAAUCUGCUUCUGCUGUUACAAUAGCAGAAUAUAAUCCAAUUGAGAGGGAGCGACUGAGCGCGUGCAGAGCUCCGGUGAAGGCCUCAACCAGAGGAUGGAGGUAAAGACGGAGUUCAGGUGAAGGAGGAGUGCUGGAGGAAAACUUUAGUCACAAAACAAAUAAAAACAUGUUAAAGAUCAGUGGAUCUGACAGGAAAUGAAGCUUAAACUGAAUAUUUAUGAGAAAUGAUUGUUUGCUCGGAUAAAUGCUUCACUUUAUUUGUUCUUUUACGUGUAUAAAAGUUAUUAAUGAUCCUGAUCUGUGAAGUCUUUAUUCAAACAUCAGUUUUAGGAGAACUUUGAUGAGAUCCUGAGGAGAUCCUGAGGAGAUCCUGAUGAAGUCGCCUUGCGGUUCUCUGGAAACAAAACUCCAGAGUGAAACUCACGUUUGUGGAACUUUAGCAGGAUCACCAUCAAUCUCUGGGACAUUUUCUGAUCUUCCCCAGAAGGUGCUUCAGGAUGGGGGGGUGUCUCUUUCAUCUGGAUGUGUGAUGUCUCUCUGAUCCUCUCUGAUUAAUCUGAGUGAAAUGAGGAGAUCAGAUCAGCACAUCAAAGAGAAGCCCGGAUGAUCUUUGAACUCAGAUCCGAGAUCCUGAAGCAAACGUUCAAUGAAAAACUUCUGGAUGAAGAUUCCUGAAAGGACUCCAAGUUUUUGUAGAGUUUCAUGUGUAGCUCAUUGACUGUAUAUGUUCCUACUUAUACAGUCAAUGGUGUUUCUCCUCCUUUGUGGGGAGGGAGGAGGUGGGGUUUGGAGGAGGUCUGGCCAUUUGGAGUGAGGCUGAAUAAACAUGGAGGUGCUGGAGGGGUGAAGGUGGUGAUCCUGUGUGUGUUUGGGUCGGUUGUGUUUUGAGCUGAGGUGCUAAACGCCGUCCCCCCCCCGAGAUAAAGGCGGCGGGGGCCUUUGAACGAGCGAGGCUUCACGGCUCCGGGGCUCUAAGCUCCUCAUUAGCAGGAGCUCCGGUCCAGCAGCAGACCUCCAGGUUCCUCUGGGGCAGAAACGGAGACGCCGCUUCUCCUUUGAAGUGCUGCUGGCUUCAGGGGCUGUCAGCAUGGAAAUGUGAUCAGCUCUCUCUUUGGGGGGCUUUGGGGCAGAAGCUGCGUCCUAUAUAAGCUUCGGGGCAUCAGCGUCCUCAGGAGCUGCAGCAGGAGAAAGCCUCAAGUCAUGGAUGUGGUGCAGCAUGUGCUCCUCCUCCUGACCGUGAGCGGCGUGCUGAGCAGACCCGGCGACCACAGGAACCUCUUCACGCAGCGAGCGUGCUGCAAGAGGCAGAGCCACGUCCUGCACAUCGGCCAAGACAUCUCCGGGGGUCCGGUCAGCGUGGACGUGGGUCUGUGCAGGUCUCACUGUGGAAGACCUCCACGACCUCGAGGCCAGCAGGAUCCGUCCCGGUCCCUCCUGGACUUCCUGAGGAGUAAGAAGAGGAGGGCGCGUGGACCCCCUCCCCCGGACCACCUGCUGCCGUCAUGCGGGAUGAACCAGGCGUGCGCGCCGGCGGGCGUGCGCGUGGAGCGCGUGCUCCUGCUGGAGGGCCCGCGCGAGGUGGAGGUCAUCCAGGAGUGUCAGUGCGAGGUCCGGCUGAGUCAGUGCAUGCGCGUGCCCGCGCUCAAGACCUACAACGCCGAGACCCCCCACGAGGCUGUGCUGGACGUGGGGGGGUGCUCUCUCUCCAAGGGCUCCCCAGAGGGUUUCUCCUGCCUCCCCUCCAGGUUUGACUCCGCCCUGCUGGAGACUCCUAACAAGGUGGAGCUGGUCCGGACCGUGGUGGACUGUGAUCUGAAGGAGACCUGCUUCAGGACCCCCCAUGUGGAGCAUCACUAUGAGCUGGUCCUCCAUGAAGGCGGAGUCAAAGAGGAGAAGCUGAGAGAAAUAGACGUGGGCAGAUGUGUGGGACGCUGCUCCACAGGAAGCCGCUGCCUUCUCAGACGUCCGUCGGAUCCAGACAGCUGCUCCCUGUGGGCGGAGCCUCAGUCCACCUCCUGCGCCCCUGAAGGUCACGAGAGCCACACCUUCAUCAGCCCUCACCUGCAGAUCCGCAGCGUUCUGUCCAUCACCUCCUGCCGCUGCCGCUCCUGAAACAGCGCCCUCUGCUGGACCCCCUCAACUGCCCCAGAAACUGGAAAACAGACCCGCCAUGUGCUGUCAAGAAGUUAAAAUAUAUUUGUAAUAUUUGUAAUAUAUGUAGAAAUACUACUCUUGUACAUAAAGAUUUGACUGUU